ACUUCCGGUAGCGUAGGUUGGACGUUAAGUGACAGACUUCACCUCUUAAAACUUGGAAGAAAAAGCGAAGGACACCGCGUUACAAGUUUAAAAACAGUAAGGAAUCAACUUUGUAAUGAUUUUUAGACAUGGAAGACAUAAACCUUCAUUAUCGCUUUCUGAACUGGAGGAGGCGCAUCCGAGAAAUUCGUGAGGUGCGAGCUGUGCGAUACAAGGAGCGCCUCAAGAGGAUGCUCAGAGAUGGCGACAUUCUCAGGUAUCAUGGGAAUUCAGAUGAAGUUGGCUGUUAUGUGGCGGCCAGGCCAUUAUCAAGAAGAAAUCGCUACUUUGAAGUGACCAUCAUUGAUACAGGGGUGAGGGGGACGAUUGCGGUUGGUUUGGUGCCUCAGCUCUACAAACUGGACCAUCAGCCGGGCUGGCUUCCUCAUUCUGUGGCUUUUCAUGCUGAUGAUGGAAAGCUGUUUAAUGGAAACACUGUGGGACAGCAGUUUGGUUCCAAGUGUUGCAGAGGUGACAGAAUCGGCUGUGGAAUAUCCCUUGAAUCUGACGAUGGACAACUGUCUGUGUUUUUUACCAAGAAUGGUAAAGAAGUGGGCAGCGUAGAAAUCCCAGGUUCUCCGGAAGCACUCUACCCCGCUGUGGGAAUGCACUCUUUGGGGGAGGAAGUUCUGCUGGAUCUGAAUGCUGAAUGGGGGAUGGAGGAGGAUGAUGGACAGAUGAUUGUGGACAGUCAUGAAGAGGACUGGAGCCGUCUCCAUGAUGUCAAGGUGACUGGGAUGCUGCUGGAGUACGUGGGCAAAGGGAAGAGCAUCGUGGACGUGGGCUUGGCUCAGGCCCGUCGGCCUCUCAACACACGCUUCCACUACUAUGAGCUGGAAAUCACAGAUGCUGGAGAGAAGUGUUACAUCGCCCUGGGUCUGGCACGCAGGGACUACCCAAAAAACAGACAUCCAGGUUGGAGCAGAGGGUCAAUAGCUUAUCACGCGGAUGAUGGAAAGCUGUUUCAGGGCAGCGGUGUCGGUGAUGCAUUUGGGCCACGCUGCUUUGAAGGCGACAUUAUGGGCUGCGGCAUCAUGUUUCCACGCGACUUUAACCCUGAUACUGGAGAUGACGUUGACGACUGGGACCUCGACGUCCUUCCGAAGCCCUGCGAGGUUCAGAAUGCCUUGUAUGCUAACAAUGAAGAUGAAGAUGAGGAUGAAGGAGAGGAUUUGGAGGGCAGGAAGGUCACAGUUUUCUUCACACGAAAUGGAAAGGUGGUGGGGCGGAGAGAAGUGCCCUUACCGGUUGGAGGAUUCUACCCCACUAUUGGCAUGAUGAGCGCUGGGGAGAAGGUCAAAGUGGACCUGCACCCCCUCAGUGGUUGAUCAGAGUGGAGGAAAUUAAAAAAAAUGGUGAAGUGGUGAAAUCAGAGCAAAGGACGAAUUAUUGAGCUCAGGUACAUUUUGGAGAACAGACAAUAAAUAUUACCUCCAUAUCCGCAGGUUCUACGCUGUUAUUCAGUAUAGAGGUUCACUGUGGCUCCCUCAAGCUGUAAAGAUUAUUUAACAUGCUGGUAGAUUUUACUUAAGAUUAAGAUUUAUCAAUAAUAAUGUUUGUUGAAGCUGUUGUCAGUGAAAUAAUUGUGUCAAAUUUCACAUUUAGUAGUGCCUUAAUAGGGCUGUCACUUUUCUCCAUUUAAUCUUCCGAUGGGUGGAGUUCAAAUUAAAAACCAGAAAAACAAUUGUGACCUUAUGUUGUUUUGCUGUGAAAAUCGAGGCCACAAGCUCAAGUAUUUCAGGAAAAUGUUUACUGACGUUAUAAAUCAAGUGAGAAGUAGGGUCUUAUUAUACAUAGACCUCCGUUCAAAUGGAGUUCUUUUUGCAACCAAUGGAGUCGCCCCCUGGUGGCUAAAUGCUACUACUUCCGUCCUACUUACUGUGCUUCACUUUUCAAACCUGAAAAGAAACAAAUCUGUGAAUUUGUUUCCCCCCACUGGAUCACAGAUGGGCAGGGCAACAAGUGCUCAACCUCGCAUGACUAACAGCAAGAGAAAUAACAAACAAUAUAUUCACGUGUGUGUGUGUGUGUGUGCGUGUGCGUGCGGAUGGAUGGGUGGGCAGGGGGAACAUCUCAAUAUCUUUGAAGGAGUAGUGUGACACAUAAUUCAUGUUUGAACUUGAUCUUUGGAAAAAGUGACAGCCCUCUUCUCUCCUCUGACAGCUAUCACUGUACUAGAGUGUGUGGUCGGUGACGUGGUUUCUCUCCGUCUCCGGGGUCUGACAGUAAAACUAGGAGAAGCCUUUCCAGUAUCCUACAGCACGUAAGAACUGGACAAAGAGGAAGUCCCCUCUGCCCGUGAGUUAAUAAACGUCCACCAACAGGUUCAUGAGGUGAUGCAGGGAGGAGGGGGUAGUGUUAGGAACCACAAGCCAAAAGUCAACAUCACUGACGGCAGCUUUAAAAUGACAUGUGCCUUUAAAUCACUUUAUAAAGAUAUAGAUUUUUUUUAAUACUGUAAAACAAGAGUUUGAAGGGUGAAACACUAUCAUUGAGUAUUAACUGCACUCUGUAAAGUUUAAAAGAAAAACGCCAAAAAGUGUCUUGCCAUCAUAUUUAAUUUAGAGAAACAAUCAGGAAGUGUGCCAGCUCGUUUGUCCUUAUGAUCAGCAAACAUGUAGCACCGCUCUCUCUCAGCCUGCAGCCAUACUGCGCUUUAGCCUGUGGAUGGUGUUUUACUGACACCCAGUGGUAAGAGUGAGAAGUGAAGAGAACAUGCUCAGUUAUGAGUCUUCCAAAGAAAACAGUAGUCCACUGAAUUAACUGUUUACUCCACUGUUAAACCAGCUCAGUCACCUGUAUGAGUGUAGAUGCUUGUUCUGACAUGGAGAUAUUGCUGCAUGAAUAUAAUCCAGACCAUCUUUUUUUGAUUCACUUCUUAUUUUUUAAAGCAAAAUCACAAUUCAAAAUAGAUAACUCGCUUUUUCCCCACAAUUGAGUAUGAUUUUAAUAUUUAUUCUACUGAUCUAUCAUAAAGAAAUGUAUGUUUGUUGAUUUGUGAAGAAAAACCAAAUCCAUGUCAGAAAACAAACAAACUGUAAUGAGUAAUGCUUUA